GACUUUCUUUCGAAUGGGUGGUCCUUCGUUGCUUCUUUUUUUUUUUCGCGCCCUGCUGCCAUAACAAACCACCCAAACAACCUACGCAGACAAGACCAGACGAACCAACCAACCCACAAGGCACGAAGCCAGCAGUGCAAGAGGCACACGGUGGCCCACAGCAACCGAGCCACCAGCCAGACCACCAACCAACCAGACAUUCCACACGAGCGGAUAGCUGACGGAAGCAGGACCGACAACUGACUGGCUGACUGGCUGACAGACAGCAGCUGGCCAGCAGCAACCAACCACGGCACUUCUUCAGCACACAAGGACUUGACAACGAAAACUGCUGCAGCACCCACCAAAGUGCAGGCAGCCCAGACACACCGACCACCUCCUGAACAACCAACCCUCCAUUCACCCUCAUAUGAAAUCCACCAAACUAUACGUGCGUGAGCACACCUAACCUUGCACCAACCAACACCAAUCACAGCACUUGCCACAGCCACCACUUCGUGGAUCGGUGUUUCCUUCUCUUGCUUUGGCUUCUUUUCAUUUCCUUCUUCUCCUUGUUUCUCCUUGGACCGCUGCCACGACGGUUACGUUGCACGCCAACGCAGACAUGACACGAAGAUCAACACCAAAUGCAGCCGCGGUGCUGGCUGCCACACUUUGCUUGACGGCUACUGUUGCAGUGCACCUCGCAUCAGCAGCAGAUGUUGGCUACUGCCCAGCCAUCAAGAUUGAUGCGCAGAGCGAGAUGAGGCACGCAACAAGCGCAGGCGCGCGCAUCUUGGUGCCUUGCCCCGGCGGCAGCAGCCAAGGCGCCCUCGAGCUCAUUUGCUGUGGUCCGAGUGCCGCAGGCUACUGGGACGGCGCCGGCGAUGUGUGCGACACCACCCACUACAACCGCUGGAUGCAGCCCGCACAGGACACGUGCGUGUCACCGCUCGUCACCGCCCUGGAGGCGCAGGUCAACCGGCCAUCAACCCUCGGCGGCGUCAAGAACACCCGCGUGCAACAAGUGCAUGCGGGCUUGGAAGAGCUCCUGCAACUCCUUAACACCAAGACCCUGCGCCUUGGCCAGCGCGACAUGCCCGCUGUUGUUCGCAUCGCCCUUGCCGCUGUUCAGUUGCAGCACCGGCAGCAGCGCGUGCAUCCGCAGCGACAGGCCAGUGUCGAGAAGCAGCAGCAGCGCCUCGCCCGCAUUUUUGCUGUCCUGCAACACAUCGUGCAGAGCCGCAUCAAGACCGCACGCAACUUCUCCCAACAGGACCUGGCGCGCACGCUGGAAUUGCUUGCAGGCAUCCACACGUUCUUGCCCACACUGCCAUCCCGCCUCACAACACCAGCGCUGCUGUUCGAUGCCACGAGAACGGUCCUCACUACAACUGUUGGCCCUGCUCCCAUCUCCUGCAACGACUUGGAUUCCGCCACCUUCCACAUCACCUGGUCCCAGCAACAGCAGCAGCAGGACGCCAAUGCUGAUGGUGACAACACCCUCGCUGGAGACAUCACAGCAACCACAGCUCCAGCCACGGGAGAUGACAGCGACCGCGAAGGCAACAAGACUAGCAACGAUGAUGACGGUGAAGAUGAGGACGUGCAGACGGGCACGCCGCCACCAGCACCACGCCUCACAGCACGUGUCAAAGCAGCCAGUGCUGACGUGUGCGUGCACGCCGCGGCGCUGUUGGCUGCGUCAUCAUCAGGAAGCGCCCGCACCACAACCAUGCUCGCCCCAACGGUCACCAUGCUGCAAGAGGCCUGGUCCCUCCUUCCCGCAUCAAGCGCAGGCGUUGGUGUCACACCCACCGUGUCUGUUGCGUUUGCAGCAGACAAGGCUGUCCUUGAUGGCGAUGUCACUGUUGCUCUUCCCAUCAUUGCAGGCCGCCGCUUCAAGUAUGCUGCAACCCAGCGCUUCUGCCCGCACCAGCGUGGCACGCAAGAAGAUGAGGCGGUGCUCGCUGCAAGCCUGGUGUUGAGCGAGUCUACCCUGAGUGCGACCAUCGAGUGCAGCCCGACGCAGGCAACUGUGCCUCACCCACGCUACCGCUCUCUUGGCGCAGACGAAGUUGCCAUGACGCAAGUAGACGUGCACGUCAACAUGGAGUGCCGCCAAUUGACACAAGAUGGCUGGACCACACGCGGUUGCACCACACAGCCACUCUCCUCCAUGCACGAAAUCACAUGUGCAUGUGCACCGGCGCGCAGCAGCACGCCCAUGGUGAUCGCCGCCUUUGUGACCACACCAACUGUCGAAGGCACGCAACCCAACAGCGAUCCCACUGCCUCCCCCACCGUCAUUGCCACGGCUGCACACGAGCCAACACUUGUGGAUGAAUCAACGGGAGGUGACACCAGCAGCAGCAGCAGCAGCAUCAGCGGUGAUGCUGGCAACGAAAGCAGCAAGGCAGGCCCCAACGCCACCCGCUGGUCCUUUGUGCACAUCACAGUCAUUGUGCUGUGCAGCAUGACGCUGUUGGCCUCUGCGCUUGCUCUCUACAGCACCUUGUGGGUGUGUGCCAAGAACCGCAUCGACCAAUUCACAGGCUCCACCCUCCACUACGUUGCCGGUUUCAUCGGCUUCCACGUGACCCACAUGAUUGGAUUGGUCCGUGACCCAACAGACGACGACGCGCUGUGCUACAGCCUGAGCGCGGCGCUGAGCUGCUUCUGCCUCAGCACCAUCCUCUGGACCGUCCCCCUCAUCUCAACCACUGCCUGCAAGCACGUGGCCCCAACUGUGCAAGGCAACCGUGCCAGCAGCAGCAGCAGCAGUAGCAUUGUGCAGCUUCUCCACGCUGUUCUCAACUGGACUGUCCCCAUCAUGCUUGUUGUCGCCACGGCUCUCUUCGAUACACAGGCUCUGGUGGCAUCUGCAAGCACGUGCUGGUUCUCCUUCACGCCCACCUCCUCUCUCAUGGUGGCUGUUGGAGGUGCCCUUGCCGUAUUGGCCCAAGCUGUGGUCACUGUCAAGGCCAUGUUCUCGUCUCAAUGCAGAACUGCAGACACCCUUGCCGUGAUUGGUGUUGGCGCGUGCACCACGCUCUCUGCUGUUCUCCUUGCCCUCUUUGCAACACUGGAGCACUCGGCGUUUCUCGUCGCCUUUGCCAGCGUCUCCUUCGUCAACGCCUGCAUCGUGCUUCUCUUCUGCUGCCUGCGGAACCGGGAGAUGGCGGCCCAGCUCAACGACGCGCCUCUUCUCAAACACUUUGUCUCUGCAGCAAGCGUACCCCUGUAUCAGAUGCGACUGCAAAAGCCAUCCGCAGAUUCGCUCAAGUCUCCUUUCAACCUUGGCAAGACUGGCAGUGGGUACAACAUCAUGACACCAAGGCUCGCCCGCCAACAGAUUGGGAUGGACGUAUGCCCUACACCGUGCUUCGACCCUGCCAUGCGAUACACGACGCCCGCUGCGUGGCGAGUGGAGCAGGUGCUUGAUGGCGACAUCUCUGGUGGGUACAAGGCCACGCCGUCACCGUUCACCACCCCUCGACCAAGCGUGAGGGCCAUGUGCACACAGCCUGGCAGCGCUUCCCGCUCGCGUUCUCCCAAGUUCAUUUCCUCUCGGGCAUCGUCAACACCGACGAUCGAAAGGGACAACCCCUUCAACACGCCGCAGUGCAGCCCCGAGCAUGACCAGAUGACCCACACCUCUUUCUUCAACCAUGAUGACAGCAGCAGAUGUUGAUGUUGAUGAUGAUAACGAUGUGCUACAUGCAUGACUUGAGCUGCGGCGGACAAUGUGGGCGUUGUUUGUUCCUGUCCUUCUGUUGAAGCUGAAGCUUUUCGUUCAUGCCAAGUCAUCUUUUUCCUUUCUCCCUCUGUGAGGGAAGCGUCGUUCUACUUGUUCUUCUGUUCUUCUUCUUGCUUUGCUAUCCUGUUGCUGCUUCGACGGCCAUCGACCAGAAAGUGCAGAGGCACACCUUGCAACUAACAAACAAAAGAGACAAC